AUGUCUUCGUUACCUAUCCCUUCGUUCGACCAUCCGUUCGGUGUCGCCUUAUGGCCAAAGUUUGACGCUCUUGUUUCAACCGCGUCAGCUGGUGCCUUUGUUCCAUCAGAGUUUGCAUUUGUUGCUGGUGAACUCCCACUUUCUACCCUCCCACCAGUAAUCGUGGCCAUUCUGACCUAUUACUUGGUCAUCUUUGGUGGUGAUUUCAUUUUCAAAAAGUUCCAAAUCAAGCCAUUUGUCUUGAAUGGUCUUUUUCAAAUCCAUAACCUUUUCCUUACCACAUUGUCCCUCACUCUUUUGGUCCUUAUGGCUGAACAAUUGAUUCCUAUGAUUUAUCACCAUGGUCUUUUCUAUGCUAUCUGUAACCAAAAUGCUUGGACUCAACCUCUUGUUUGUCUUUACUACCUCAACUAUUUGACCAAAUUUUGUGAAUUCAUUGAUACUGUAUUCUUGGUGGUAAAGCAAAAGAAGUUGACUUUCCUUCACACCUACCAUCAUGGUGCUACCGCUUUACUUUGUUACACUCAACUUAUUGGCUUGACCCCUAUCUCUUGGGUCCCAAUCACCCUUAACCUCGGUGUUCACGUUGUUAUGUACUGGUACUACUUUUUGGCUGCAAGAGGUAUUAGAGUAUGGUGGAAGGAAUGGGUCACUAGAUUCCAAAUUAUUCAAUUUAUUUUGGAUUUAGGAUUUGUCUACUUUGCCACUUACCAAAAAGUUGUCUUUACUUACUUUUCUUCUUGGACUAAAGCUUUGCCAGUCUGUGGUGAUUGUGCUGGUUCCAUGUUGGCUGCUUACUCUGGUUGUGCAAUCUUAUCUUCUUACUUGGUCUUAUUCAUUGCCUUCUACAUCGAUGUCUAUAAGAGAAAGGGUUCUGUUAGAUCCAAGAGAGUGAAGUCCGUCUCUGGUGGUGUUGCUGCUCAAGUCAAUGAAUACGUUCAUGUUUCUGGUAGUCAAAAGAUUGAUACCUCUGUAAACUCUCAAGUCCGUUCAAGAAAGGCUUAA